CCCCUCGCUAUAUAAACCCCUCACACACGUACGCUCCUUCCCCAGCACGUACUCCCAUUCCCGUCCCCCCGCCCCUCACACACAGCCGUCCGCUCCGAUCCGAGAUGGCCUACGCGACGACGACGACGCAGCAUGGGCGCGCCAGCAUCCUUGUCCUCGCCGUCGCUCUCCUCCUGGCCUCCCCUGCCACGCGCGCCGCCACCGGCGGGUGCGAGGGCGACAAGCUCCCCGCGGGCAAGAGCUACGCGCACUGCGCCGCGCUGCCGUACCUCGGCGCCAAGCUGCACUGGACCUACGACGCCAAGACGGGGUCGCUGUCCGUGGCGUUCGUGGCCAAGCCCGCCGCCGGCGCCGGCGGCUGGGUGUCGUGGGCGGUGAACACCAAGGGCGACGGCAUGAAGGGCGCGCAGGCGCUGCUGGCAUUCAAGGGCGGCGCCUCCGCCUCCGCCUACGUCGUCAACACCUACAACCUGACGGGGUACGCGCCGCUCCCCGCCGCGUCCACGGCCAUCGCGUACAAGGCCACGGACCUCGCCGCGGACGAGAGCGGCGGGGAGGUGCGGAUCUACGGCAAGCUGCAGCUGGGACCCGGCGUGGAGAAGGUGAACCACAUCUGGCAGGUCGGCUCCACGGUGGCCAACGGCGCGCCGGCCAAGCACGCGUUCGACAAGGCCAACCUCCAGGCCAAGGGCACGCUCGUGCUCUCGGGCGCCGCGCAGCCGGUAGAGGCGGCGCCAGCCCCGGCCCCGGCGGGCGGCGUCGGUGCUUCGCCGGCGACGAAGGGGGGAGGCGGUGGAGCCGCACCUUCGUCUGGCGGGAAGUCGGCGGCCACCGCGUACGUGUCUGCUCCAGCGCUCACGGUGCUGGCAUUAUUGGCGGGUUUCUUAUUAGCAAUAAUGUAACCGUAUCAUCUUUCAUCUCUCGUGGACACGUAGUUAUUGGUGACACGUACGCUGACAAUAAGCGCGCAGCAAAGAUCACACGAUCGAGAUUGUUGGCACCGGCCUCUUGCUAGGUGGGUGAUGCAUACGCCUGCAAUCCUGUUCUCGUUAGCUGUUGCCUGUUGGCACGUACGUUUGAUUGAUUCACCACUGUAUUUGGAGUGUUUGAGUGCUGUCACGUUCUUGAAUAUGGCAGAGCUCCUGUCCUGGCUGGUUAGUAGGAUUAAUUAUUUCUUUUUCUCUCCUUCAUUUGUUGUGCCGAAAGAGAGAGAGAAAAAAAAAUAUUAUUGUUCCAUCCAAUUCAUGAUUUUUUUAAUAGGGGAAUCCAAUUCAUGUGUAGAUCACUGGCUAGUUUCACUUUCA